AUGGCAUCAUUUUCUGGCCUGAGAAGUUCCAUUGUUUUUGUGUUUCUCUGCGUGGCCAUGCACGUAGCAUACGGGACUCAUGAGAAUAGGCCAGUGCUGUUCAUAUUUGGAGAUUCAACUGCAGAUGUGGGCACCAACAAUUUUCUGAAUACUCGAGCAAGGGCCAAUGUACCUUACUAUGGGAUUGAUUACCCAAACUCAGUGCCCACAGGAAGGUUCAGCAAUGGCUUCAACACUGUUGACUACAUUGCUAAACUAUUCGGAUAUGUGGAGAGUCCACCGCCAUACUUGGCUCUCCUAAAUGACGGUCGGUACACUUUCAAGAGAGAUGUAAUAGGAGGAGUGAAUUUUGCAUCAGGAGGCUCUGGAAUUCUCAGAGACACUGGCAAAAAACAAUGGGGCGAGGUGAUAUCCCUUGAGAGGCAAGUGCUACAAUUUGAAGCGGUGCGAGCAAGCUUGUCUAAGAUAUUGGGGGAGAAAGAGGCCGCAACUUUCGUUUCCCAGGCUUUGUUUAUAAUCAGCAUUGGAGGCAACGACCUCCUCGAGUUCUCCAGAAACGACACUGCCGUCAGAUUGGGCCAGAAACACUACUUGUCAGCUCUUCAAUCCAACUACUACACUUGUAUUAGGAGUCUAUACGCGUUAGGGGCGAGAAAAUUUGGGAUAAUAAGUGUAGCAGCCAUAGGGUGCUGUCCUGCAGUAAAGACGAUGAACUAUGGAGGAGAAUGUGUAGCGUCACUCAACCAAUUUGCCUCAGUCUUCAACUCCGCAACUGCUUCUGUGUUGCAGAGGCUAAGCUAUGAGCUGAAGGAUUUUAAGUAUUCACUCGGCAAUUCCUUGGCUAUGACUUCAGCCGUCUUGGAACGCCCCUUGAUCUUUGGGAUCAAGGAGACGAAGAAGGCGUGUUGUGGAGAAGGGAAGCUGAACGGCGAGGGUCCGUGUCUUAAGGCCAACAAUGCGGAGCUGUGUGGAAACCGUAAUGAUUUCUUGUUUUGGGAUUGGUUCCAUCCAACUGAUAAAGCUUCCUGGUUUGCAGCUUCUACUCUCUAUAGCGGAGGCUCUGACUUCGUCACUCCCAUCAACUUCCGUCAGCUUGCUCUCAUGUAUUAA